AUUUUAGUAUCGUUUUAAUUUUUUAUAACCGUUCAUCAAAAAUAACUUGUGUCGUCGUAUUUGUGUUAUUGUGUAGUAGUGCUUGUUUGCUCAUUUUAACGCGUUCCGUGAGUUUCGGACUGGAGCGGUGAGGUCAAGAGUUGCAUGAGUGCUGCCUGUCUACAAAUCAAACGUCACACCUCAUGAUGUUGCUCUUUCAGGUGGAGCAGAGGAGCCUGAGAAAUACGGCGUAUGGACGUUAUUUAUUUCUCAACAACGAUUUAAAACCUUGAGUUUUCAUCUUGCACUAUUUGAGAGGGCAGACCAGGAGUCACCAAAAAAAAAAAGACUGAUAUCUCAUAACAGACACUUCAAUUCUGAGUCUUCAGCAGUGCAGCUUGUGCAUAACUUCCUUUUAUACUGACAAGUGCUGUCAUGGAGACAGAAGCCAAGUCACAGGAAAUAUCUCUACUUAUGUCUGAAGACAUGUGGUGGGGCACCCUGGGGUCAGUGCGGCCCUUCCCAAAUUUUCGUCCCGAGAGAGAUGUUACAGUCCUGCACACUGCACUGGAGAAGAAAGAUGUGAGCACAACUGUGAGAAUACUAACCAAUCGCAGUAAUGCUCAGAGACGAUCUCUUGCCCAGGCGUACAAGAAUUUCUCACAAAAGGAAUUGGACGCAAGUCUGAAGAAGGUUCUUUCUGGUGAUCUGCAGUCUCUGAUACUUGGACUGAUGAUGAUACCAGAGCAGUUUGAGGCCCAUCGCUUACGCAAAGCCAUGGAGGGUGCUGGUACAGAUGAAGAAACCCUUUUAGAGAUUUUGUGCACAAGGACACCACAGCAGCUCUCAGACAUCAGGGCUACACAAAAAAAAGAGUAUAAGCGGGAUUUGGAGAAAGACUUGAUAAGUGAAACCAGUGGAGAUUUUUCAAAGCUCAUUGUGGCAUUGUUGAAGAAAGAGAAUGGACCAGGAAUUAUUGAACAGGAUGUAGCAUCUUUAUCUGAGGAGCUGAAAAACAAGAAACCUACAGCUGAUAUUUGGAUCAAAAUACUCACCACAAGAAACCCAGACCAUCUCAGAAUUGUGCUGGAAAAACUGGAGUUUGAGAAAGGCCAGACAGUGGAGGACGCUUUAGAGGGACAUUUUAAAGGAGUCCUCUCUGGUGACCUGAAAAAGGGCUUAAAGACUCUAGUACGAUGUAUACAGAACCAGUAUUUAUUCUUGGCACAACGGAUCCAAACUAUGAAAGCACCGGUGGUCCAGGGUGUGAUGGUGGCUCACAGUGAGGAGGAUCUACUGAGAGUUAGAGUGGCAUACCUUCAGUCAACAGGAACUUCACUGUACACAGCCUUGCAGAACAGUUUAAAGGUGAACUCCAGCAGGGUUUGUUGGCUAUAUGUCGAGCAGAAGAUUAGAAGAAAUGCUGUGUAUGACACAAAUGAUAAACAUGUAUGUGCACACAGUGAAAGCAUUCCAUUCAUUUAAUUGCUGUUAAACAAAAGCUUUGUGUCUGAAAAUAAAUAAAUAAAUAAAAUGUAACUGAGA